UUCUUCUUCUUCUUCUUAUAAGUUUUUUUUUUAACCCUCUAUCAAACCCUGUUACAAUUUUUUAUGAUUAUCUGAGGAAUGGGUUUUUGUUUUUGUUUUUAAAAUUUUCCUAUUUUCAUCCUUCUGUUCGAAAUUUGUUUUUCCACCAAGGAUCAGCUCUGCAUGUUUAUAUUCUAACGAUGGUUGUUUUUUUUAAAAAAAAAAUUGUGUUUUUUUUGCCAUCUCAUGUUCAUGGCAUUUUGCAGAUUUUCUACUGUGAAUGUAAUCAGUCAGAAAUAGUGGCUCUUUAUCUUUCUGCUACUUUAGAAAACCUUUAUAUUCUUUUAUUGCUUCUUUCUUUUUUACCACCUCGUAACUACAAAUCAUAAUUCUUCAAUGUGACCAGCCUUUAAUCAUUUUUUUUCUUUGGUCACUAUUCCCUUUUUGUAUUUUACCAUAUAUUUUCUUUAAUUUGCUUCAAAAUUCUUCACAUCUGAAAAUUUUUUAAAAUUUUAAAUUCCUACUUUCAUUUUUUUUUUUUUUAAAUUUGUUGGUUCUUGAUGGGAAUAUGAAGUGAUUGGGUUCUUGGAUUGUUGAGAAUUAAUAGAGAAAAGCAAGAACAUAAAGAAUCUCUAGUUUCUUUGCUCUGUUAUGCAAGUUAGAAUUGUUUGGUGACUUGAAAAUAAAGAAAAGAAUCAUCAACCCUUUUUGAAGUCGUUUUUGUAUAUAUAAAUGUAGAAAAGAAAGCACAUAGCUGUUUUGGGCUUUCUGGUUUCUGAGGAAAUUCUUUUCCCAUUGCUUGCUAUGUAUGUGUUUGAUAUUUGUCAAUAAUGGACUAGAUGUAACUUCUUUGCUUCUCUUGAACAGUUAUUGAAAAUUCAUAUGAAUCUGUUGAGAUAUAAGAAAGGCUACCGUUGGGUUUGUUCAAGCCUGUAAAUUUCGUAGGGAAAGAGAGAGAUAGAGAAAUUGAGAAAUGGGAUGUUCUACAUCAAAGCUGGAUGAUGAAGAGGCAGUUCAGCUUUGUAAAGAUAGAAAACGUUUCAUUAAGCAGGCUGUAGAGCAAAGAACACGGUUUGCCUCUGGACACUUAGCUUAUAUUCAGUCCUUGAAAAGAGUUUCAGCAGCUCUUCGUGAGUAUGUUGAUGGAGAUGAGCCGAGAGAAUUCUUGUUAGAUUCAUUUAUAACCCCACCCUUUACCCCUAUAAAGAAAGUAAGUCCAGGUUUCAUCUCAAUUUCACCUGGAUCAUUUUCACAACCACCUCUUCAGUCUGGACACAAUUCGACUUUGAAAGUAAAUUACCUAAGGUCUGGGGGGAACCAAGCAGUUGCAGUUGAGGAGAGACCUCAAUCACCGGAAACUGUUCGAGUUGAAGCUUAUUCUCCUAUACACCAUUAUGGGUUUGAUGGAUUCUUUGCAAUGCAAUCCCCACCAGUUUAUUCAUCAUUCUUCUCUUAUUCCCCCAAUGACAGGCCCAGUAUUCCUCCCCCUUCACCUCAAACUUCACAGUGGGAUGGUUUUUGGAAUCCAUUUUCUUCACUAGAUUACUAUGGCUAUCCUACUCGCAGUAGCCUUGAUCAGAUGGUUAUGGAUGAUGACACUAGUGGACUAAGGCAAGUUCGAGAAGAAGAAGGGAUUCCCGAUUUAGAAGACGAAACUGAACAAGAAGAACUAGAUAACAAGGUAAAUGCAACAGAGGGGCAAGCUAAGGUUGAUGCCAGUUACAAUAGAGAAGAAGUUCUUGUUGAAGAUGUUGAUGAGGAUGAGGACGAGGACGAGGAUGAAAUUGAUAGUGGAAGUGAAUGUGAACAUGAAAUGAGAGGACUACAAUCACAAGGUAGUGCAAAGAUAGAAUUAUCACGAGUUCAAAAUUCCGGACAGGUUGAAGCUCGCAAUCAAGAAAUGUCGGUUGGUGAUGGAGAAAGCAAGGUAGAAACUCCGGCUUUUACUGUUUAUGUAAACCGAAGGCCAACGAGCAUGGCAGAAGUUAUCAAGGAUCUUGAAUAUCAGUUCACGAUUGCUUGUGAUUCAGCCCAGGAGGUUUCAGCAUUAUUAGAGUCUGGCAAAGCUCAAUACUCAUCAAUGUCAAAUGAACUCACAGCUAUGAAAAUGCUGAAUCCAGUGGCUUUGUUCCGGUCAGCUUCAUCUCGCUCAUCUUCAUCAAGAUUUGUUAUCAAUUCCUCUAGUUCUAGAGAUGAAGGUUAUGAAAGCAGUAGCGACUUCUCUGAAGAAUCCUGCAUUAUCUCUGGUAGCCACCAAUCAAUAUUGGAUAGAUUAUAUGUCUGGGAGAAGAAACUCUAUGAUGAAGUCAAGUCAGGAGAAAGAGUUCGAAUUGCAUAUGAGAAGAAACAAGUGCAACUCAGGAACCAAGAUGUAAAAGGAGAAGACCCUUCUGCAGUGGAUAAAACAAGAGCAGCCAUUAGACAUCUGUAUACCCAAUUACAAGUUUCAAUUCACUCAGCUGAAGCUGUUUCAAAAAGAAUAGAAGCUUUAAGGGAUGAAGAAUUGCAGCCUCAACUUUUGGAAUUGGUGCAAGGGCUAGCAAGAAUGUGGAAAGUAAUGGCAGAAUGCCAUCUGUCACAAAAGCGGACAUUAGAUGAGGCAAAACUUUUACUAGCAGGCACGCCUUCAAAAUUAAAUGCAAAGAAGCGCUCCUCCAUAUCGGUUGCUGAUCCUCAAAGACUAGCUAGAUCAGCUGCCAAUCUCGAGACAGAACUAAGGAAUUGGCGAGGCUGCUUUGAAGUUUGGAUCACUUCUCAACGAUCCUAUAUGCAUGCACUAACUGGCUGGCUCCUCAGGUGUGUUAGAUCAGAUCCUGACACAUCAAAACUACCGUUCUCUCCUCGUCGGUCCAGUGGGACAUUUCCAAUAUUUGGACUUUGUAUUCAAUGGUUAAGGUUUCUUGAUGCUAUUCAGGAGAUGCCAGUUCUUGAUGGAAUGGAUUUUUUUGCUGCUGGUAUGGGGUCUCUUUAUGCACAGCAGCUAAGGGAUGAUCCUCACAGGAGUGGCUCAAAGAGAUAUGGUGCUGGGUUGGUGAGUGAACCAGGAUCAAAUAUGGAACUAGUGCAUGUGGGUGAAAUAGAAGAGGUUGUAACUGCAGAGAAAAUGGCUGAAGUUGCCGUAAGGGUACUCUGUGCUGGAAUGUCUGUUGCAUUGAGUUCUCUCACAGAAUUUGCUAUUAAUUCUGCUGAAGGAUAUGCAGAACUUGUUAAGCAAUGGGAGAGUGCCAGGUCACAGCAGAAUUCUGAGAAGGCAAGAACCUAAGUUCAUUAUGAUAUUCUGGUAGAUAGUUAGGUCAUGGGUGUCAAUGUAAUUACUUGUUAUAAUACAAUUGACAAAGCCACAAAAGGGGAAUAUAGAGCAGUUGCUGCUUCUGCUAA